AUGCUAACUGAAGAACACGACGAUUUACUCUGCCCAAUUUCAAGAGAAUUACUCGAAGAUCCUAUUGUAGUCCCAUGUUGUGGAAGAGCAUUUUCCAGACAAUCACUUGCUAAUUAUUUUUCUACUAUCGAAUACCGUACAUGUCCAUGUUGUAGAGGAAAUUUGGAUGAAUUUGAUGUUGAAUCUGCUCCGAAGAAUGUUAAUUUAGCCUCCUUGAUAGAUCAAGUUUUAAACCCAAACAAUUCUAAUCAAAAAGUUGAACAAGUUGAAGAAAAGAGCCUUUUCAGAAUUGAAGUUGAACAUUUAAUUGAUUUAGAUGAUCAUGAUAUUGGUGUUGCUGAGCUGACAAUACAUGUCAAUGAUCCCUCCUUGAAUCCUAAACCCACAUUAUUUAUUGCCCUAGCUGAUGUAAGUGGAUCUAUGCAGGGAAGACCAUGGGAACAAGUUUGCACUUCUUUGAAACAUUUCGCUCAGCAAUCCUUCAAUAAUCCUGCAAUCAUUUGCAGAAUGGUUGCUUAUGAAAGUUCUGCUAAGGAAAUUGAUAUGAAAGGAACCCUGCAAAGUAUUAUUAGAAACAUUGAAACUGCAUUUACUGGUGGUGGUACUGAUUUUGCAUCUGCUUUCCAACUGGCCUGCACUAUUAUUACCAGAGAAAGUGGUCAAGAUAGAGAAAAUUUGCCAUUUGGAAAUGUUGUUAUUACCUUCUUGACUGAUGGAGAAGAUUUCUCAAAGGUAGGAAAACCAGGAGGUUUACAAUACUUAUCAGAAGAAAUUAAUAGAGUUUACAGAGGUGAUAUUACUAUUCACACAGUUGGAUUUGGGUCUCACCACAAUUUAGAAUUAUUAGAUAACAUUAGAAAAGUUGGUACUAUUGAGGGAGCUUAUAGAUAUGCCAACUAUGAUGACAAUAAUGAUGUAAUUUGUGGAAAGUUGACCUCUAUUUUUGAUUCUGUUAGUUCUUCCAGUACUGUUUCUGCAGAUAUUGUUCUGCCUGAAGGUAUGAAAAUGUUGUCAGCUAGUGGAUCAAAUCCUUCAGUUGAUUCAAACAUUUACCGUAUCAAUGUGCCGGUGAAUAGUUCAGGAAAGGGUUUGAUUACAAGAUAUGUAUCAUGUGAGCCUGAAUCUGAAAAGAGUUUGAGGACAGAAUUGAGAAUGACAGGAAAGGAACCAUUGGUUUUGGAAGUCAAGCAAACUCGUUGCCCUCAAAGACUUAGACUCAAAUCUCUCCAAAGAUUGGCCUCUCACCAUGUUGAUCAAUUGGCCUCUCAAACAUUGCAAUUAUCAAAUAUUGAUCGAAAGCAAUAUGGUGAAGAAUUAUUUGUAUUCCAUUGCGAAUUAUUAUUGAGAAGUUGUAAAGCAUUCAAUGGAGUUGAAUCCUAUUUGAAUGACAAGAUUAUGGUCAUUUCAGCUGAGAUUACCAAGCUUAAGAAUGGAGAAGGUGUAAAUAAGAAUGUACUCAAUGAUUUGAAAUUCUCCAGUAUGUUUGCUCCAAAGAAAGAGGCCGAACAAACCGAAAACAAAUCAAAGAAAACUCGUACUAGAAACAUUCAACCACCUAAAUUUAAGAGUCUUACCUCUGGAGGUAGUGGUGGAACAAGCAAAUACAACAUGACAAAGGUUCAUUACACUCAUGGAAAGAAAGAAUUUACAGAUCUCCACACAGCAGUUGUUCAAUUGAAGAACAGUGAAUUGGAAGAUCACAUUAAUCAAAAGUGUUUGAAUCUGUUGGAUUCCACAGAUAGAGAUGGAAAUACUGCUCUACACCUUGCAUGCAUGAAAGGUAACUUGGUUGCUGUAAAGUUAUUGGUUAAAUUGGGUGCCUCCUUGACAAUUAUUAAUAGUAGCGGCUUGUCAGCUCUCGAUCUUGCCAUUCUUUUUGGAUUCGAUCGUACAGUUACAUUCCUUCUUGACAAUGGUGCUAAAAUUGCCUCUCAUAAUGACUAUUUGAUGAAUUACAUUUUUGAUAGACACUUCUUUAGAACUGCCUCUAUUUUAUUAGAGAGAAAGAUUUGCCACAUCAGUAAUGAAGUACGUAACUUUGUCGAUGGAACAUGUUACAAGUGGAUUGAGGAUCGUGAAACAUGUGCUGCCUCAGAAGAAAUGUUAGAUUUGGCUAUCAAGAAGAAUAAUCUCGAACUUUUUGAAAAAUGUAUCAAGUCUGGUUUCAAGCCAUUCGAAUACCACUUGUAUCUAGCUAUGGACUAUGGAAGUUUACCAAUCUUCAAGGCCCUUGCUAAAACAAUAGAUGUAAAUAAAUAUGGUUUGCUUGAAAAUAAGUUUAUUGAAGUCUUGAAGAAUAAUUCUCAUCUUGCUGGCUAUUUAGAUCCAAGAGAAAUCACCAAUGUCCGUGGACUUGUAGCAGGCUGCGCUUUGAUUGAGGCUGUAGUUUAUGGAAAUCUAAAUGCUGCCAAGGCAUUUAUUGAACUAGGUGCUGAUGCUUCCAUUCAAGAUCAAUGUGGAAUGAAUUCUAGAGAUUGGGCUGAAAUUGUUGGUGGAAUGAUGAAGACAAAUAUUCCAGGAACACCAAAUCCUGAAUUAAUCAACAAGCUCAACUCUAUUCUUGGAAAGGAUAAGCAAUUAAUUACCAUGGUCGGUAAACCACCUUCUGCAGGAAAUGUUACCGUUAACUUACCAAGCAUUAAUGAUUUGGAUGAACCUGUCACACAAGAAUUAAUCAUAGAACCAAUGAAGCUUGCUGAUCAUCCAAAUUGGAUUGGUGGAAAGAAUGUUUUCCUCAAGGAAAUGUUCAAUGUCAAGAGGCAAGUCAUUGGAAAGAUAGCUAGUGGAUCAAAUCUCUCACCAAGAACAUGGGCCAUUCUUUAUUUGAUUGCAGGUGAAACAUCAGCUAGACAAAUUUUUAACGAGCAUCCUCAAUCUAUUCAAAUGGGUGAUGUUCCAAAGUUUGAUGGCGAAUGUUUCAUUGUUGAACAAAAAGUUGACAAGAAGGUAGACAGAUCCAAAUUUGUGCCUGGGUCAACUGUUGGUUGGAACAAAUUCCAAGUUGCUGGUUUGAAUUGGAAUAUUCCAAAGCAAGGAACACUUUUCCUCAUCAAAUCAAAGAGUGGAGUUAGAGUUGGUCAAAAGAUUGUCUUUGACACUAAGACAAAAUUCAAAGUUACCAAUUGGUACAAAGCUGAUGCCACAUGUAUUGCUCAAAAGAAUAUUCGUGAAUCUUGUUUCAAAUUGGAAGAUAUUGAAAAGUUCAAGCCAACUGACUCUCCUAUCAUUAUUGAAUUGGAAGAACAAUGAUUGGGUGCAUUAAGAAUAAAGAUCUCCUUAUAUCAAGUCUC